UUCUUCCGCUUCCAGCCAUUCCAGUUCUAAGAUGGCGGACCGGCGACGGAGGAGGAGGCGCGCGUCUCAGGACAGCGAGGACGACGAUGAGUCCGGCUCGGGUUCGGAUAGCGGAAGGUCCGGUUCUCCAGCUACAAAAGCACGAGGCCGAGAACCCGACCCGGCUGAGCCGACAGUGAGCCGGUCCGAGGCGAAGAGCGACGUUGAGUCCGAGUGUGAGAGUGAAGAUGGAGCAGGAGAAGCUGUCCUCUCAGAUUAUGAAAGUGCAGAUCCAGAGGAAAAUGGUUCCCGCUCCGAGGGAGGGGAGGAGGAAGAAGAGGCUUUCAGUGAAGAAGAGGCUCCAGCAGCAGCAGCCAGCGAACCCAAACCGUCUGCUGCUGACGGUCCGACCCAGGAUGACAGAGAGGAGGAGAAGGCAGAGGAGGAGGUGGGAGAGUGCAGUAAGGAGGAGAGCAAGGCGGAGGAGAAAGGCAACCUGGCAGGAGAGAGACAGAGCGGAGACGGACAGGAGUCCACCGAUGAUCCAGAGACGAAGGCGGAAGGAAAACCAGGUCAGCAGCUGGAUGAUGACGAGGACCGGAAGAACCCGGCUUACAUUCCCAGGAAGGGUCUGUUCUUUGAGCAUGAUGUCCGAGGGCAGACUCAAGAAGAGGAGAGGCCUAAAGGUCGGAACAGGAAGCUGUGGAAGGACGAAGGCCGCUGGGAACACGACAGGUUCAGAGAGGAGGAGCAGGCGCCAAAGAGCCGCGAGGAGCUCAUCGCAAUCUAUGGUUACGACAUCCGAAACGGCGGUGGCAUCGACUCUGGAGAGCGGGCCUACAGACAGCGCAGACCCAGGCAGAGUUCUCCUUCCAGCAGAGACAAAAGGUGGAGAGACGGGCAGAGACCGGCCCGAUCCUGGCAGAACCGAGGAGCAGGAGCUCCUCCACCUUCAUCUGUCCCUCCACCCUCUUCCUCAGGCUUUCCUUCCCUCUCUGCUGCGCAGCAAAGCAACAACUCCUCCAGACCACCCCCCUCUCGCAGCAGACCCCCCUACCACAACCAAACGCACCCAUCAGCUCAGUCCGUGUACAGGAACAAUGAAUCCAACGCACCUCAGGUUCAUCCCAGAGAGCGGCACAGUUCAAAGGUUCAGCUGGACACAAGAGAGAGAGGAGGGUCCAGCAGGGGAGGGCGGGGCCACGGAGGAAGAGGCGGCUCCUCUGUGGUCAUUGAGGAGGUUUCAGUCAGCCAAUCAGGCGCAGCGGAAGACGAUCCGAGGUCAGCGACUGCUGCAACAGUGCAGCCGGGCGGGUAUCAGUCACCAAGACGGCAGGAACAGAGAGGCAGCGCUGAUAGAGCUGCCUCUGGUUCGGCUGCCUCCACCUCUGACCCCGCCCUCCAGUCUUCAGCAGCCAAUCCGGAAGCUUCUCCUCCCACUGAGCGCCCAGUUGAACGGAAAUCGUACUCUCUGGCUCGCAGGACUCGCUCACGGCCCUCGGACCUGGGCAGUAAACAGGCCUCAGUGGAGGAAUCUGCAGCCGGGCCGACCAACUCCUCACCCAGCAGUGGGGGAGGGAAGAACUGGGCGGAAGGGGGCGAUGGGGCCAGUCAGACAGGAGGGGGAGGGGUGGCCGACCUGGACCAGGAAGUGGCUCGGCUGAAUCUGGCCCGACAGAACUGGAGUCAAAGUCCAACGUCGUAUUUACGCUCAGAGAUGAGAGGCCUUCCUAACCCGAUCCACAUGGCCAGUGGUCCGCCUCAGUACUCCAACAUGGAGGAGUUGGGCGUCGGCUCCAACCGGGCCAAACGCUACUCCUCCCAGCGCCAGCGAGCUGUGCCAGAACCAGCUCCGCCCAUGCACCUGGGAGUGAUGGAGGGACACUACUUUGAGCCCAUGUCGUACCAGGGACCAAUCUACACCCACGGGGAAGGCCCCGCCCCCAUACCCCCGCAGGGCAUGCUGGUCCAGCCAGAGAUGCACAUCCCUCAUCCUGGUCUCCAUCCUCACCAAUCAGGAGGCCCCAUUGCUAACCCCACCCUGUAUGGAGCUCCACCUGUCUCUCUGUCACCGGGGCAACCACAGCAGCUGCUGCCUCCACCUUUCUAUCCUCCCCCAGGGGUCAUGACCUUCCCGUACCCUGCCAUGUACCCAAGCCCACAGGGCCAGACCCAGGUGACCUACGGUGGCGUCACGUACUACGACACGAUGCAGCAGCAGGCUCAGCCCAAACCAUCACCUCCCCGCCGCACAUCCCAGCCCGUCACCGUCAAACCCCCCCCUCCAGAGGUUCCUUUUGCCUCAGAGUGACCCCACCCCUCAUCUCCUCCCUGCCCCUAAAAUCCGCCCCACCCUGACCUCAGAACUGCAGGAGCAGGGUGGGAGGAUCACCGAGGAGCUGCAGUCCCAAACAGAGACCACCAACGUCACCAGGGAGGGGGGCAGGAUGAGACGGACUCUGCAGGUGGCCCACAGCAUCACUGCUGGAUCAGGACUUUCCUUUAUUCCCUUUUCAGUUCCCAGCUCUGAAACUCAGCAGUCAGCAGUUCUGACGUGUGUUUGGACUAAGAUGUCAGAUGAGUUGCUCCGAUGGAUCGGACUGGUUCUCAGUACAGGAAACGUCCCGUUUAAAGACUUGCUGUUCGGUUUGUCUGAAUCCAGUUUAACGGUUCUGGACUUUAUUAGUUGGCCACAUGAAUAUAUGAUCCAACCAUCAGAACUGGACCGGUUAACGAAACUUGAACCUCUGCUCGGGUUCUGUUUAGAUCACCUCAGAAAUGUGGCGACAUUUAAAACCUUUGUGACCCAGAUGUGCUCCAUCACUGAAGGACCUGUUGGAGCAGCGAUGGCCUCCUGAUGGAGGGUGGAGCUUCGCUUUGCUGUAAAUAAAAGCUGGAAGAGACGACGUAGAUCCGUGGAGGUGUUCUACUGCAGAGCGCUGACUUGUCUGCAGGGACCUAGAAUGUUAACGCUGGAGUUAUUAUAGAGAGAAGUAGCCUCGUCUUCCUUUUAUUAAACCCUUUCAUUUUCAUACAGAUGUUUUCUAUUUUAGCAGCGCCAUGUUGACUGCCUGCUCAGAUUUUUGUUUCCAUGUGUCAGACAUUCGGACCGGAGCGUACUGGGAACCCCAGACUGACCCGUUAACAGAUCUUAGUUUGAAGGAUAUCAGGAAAAUGUCUUUUUGUUCAUCUUCUGUUUCUGCUCAGAUCUCUGAAGCCUCUGUGGUUUGAUGUCAGAUUAAAGUUUCUCCUUCUGUCCUGAA